GAUUUCUGUCAUGUGUUGGCAGCAAUGUGGCCUGGUUUGGGUGGUCUACUAGGUGGUUGGUCUGCGCAAUAAGCCACUCUAAAUUGCGCCGAAUGAGAGGCUCGUGACUGCAGUGCACCAAGCCAGCCAAGAUGGCUGAUCCCACCAGUGUGGUACAGGCUCAGAUAUUUCACAAGCUGAAGCAACGGUUUACCCAUGUCCCUGAUGAGCACAUCAGAGAAGUCAUGCAUAAGCACCACUACAACGAGGUGAAGUGCUGCGACCUGCUGGAGAACUACGAGGUGGACACGAGCGUGCUGGCGGCGCCGCUGGCGCAGAAGUACCACCAACUGUCGACGACGGCACGCCACGCGGUGGGCAUGCUGGCCAGCAUGGAGCCGAACACGGCCGCCGGCAUGACGUCCACAGCCCGGCUGCUGCACGACAUGAACCAGCCGCUGGAGGACGUGCGCAUCGGCGGCCGCCGCGUCGACCUGACCGACACCCCGCUGAGCUUCCAGCGGACGCCGCUGCGCAGCAGCACCGGCGCGCUGGCCGCCGGCCACGCGGAGGAGCCGCGGCCACGGCACAGCUCGACGCCGACGGCGCGUCUCUCGCCCGGCGGCAACCUGCGACCGCUGGGAAGGGCCGCCACCGCCGGCCAGGAGGCGCUCAUCAGCCGCCAGAUGGAGGCGUACAACAAGCUGUACGCCGAGGUGGAGCGGAACCGGCGCAUGCACAGCCAGCUGCUGGCCGACAUCGACGGGCUGCACUCGCAGCUGUCGCAGAAGGCGGCGCAGGUGGGCCCGCGCUCGGCGCACCCGGCGCCUGCAGCUGAGGAGGAUGAGAAGGACCGGCUGGCGGAGGAGAACGCCAAGCUGCAGCGCGAGUGCGACGCCAUCUCCACCGACAUCGACAACCUGCGGCGGAUGCGCGGCCGGCUGCAGUCUCCGGUCUCGCCGGGCUCGUCCUCCAACAACCACCGGCCCAGCAGCGAACCCGGGGCGGAGGACGACCCUGCCGAGGGACCGCAGUGGCCGUGUGGCUCAUGCACCUUCCUUAACCACCCUGCCAUCUCCGACUGUGAGCAGUGCGAGAUGCCGCGCAUCGUAUUAGGCACCUACGGCCAGGGCGCCGGCUACGGCCGGCCGCGUGUCCAGACAAACCUGAACGUCACAUAGCGGUGCGACGCCGACAAGCCAGCCGGCCUCCGCACCGGCCGAGGCGUCUUGUCGGACCUGGCCGUCCGUCAGGCGACGUCAUCGGCUCCACUGCCGCGAUCCGCCGGCGAGCUCGCGGCGGACUGCGGCGCCACCCCCACCGGCGUCCACCUGACCCGGGCCGUCAGCCGGGAGAAUCUCAGGCGGUCAACGCGCGGUGCCUGGCGCCGACGCGGGCCGCGCGAACCAUGCUCCGUCCUAGGUGCCUGCGCGCUGAGCGACCGGCGCUGCUCUGUCGCCGGCGCUCAGCGGUCCGUCCGGCGCUGCUCGGUGUCGU